UGAAAAAAUGUCAAAUUUCUACAACCGAAAUUUCUGGGCCGAUUAUCAAUGUGUAAUUCUGCAAAAAUUGCUGCUCUGUGAUUCAGAAGACUACAAGAAGUCGGUGGGAAAGAGUUAGCUUCGGAAUACGUAACAUUCUGCACUUAGCGCCCGCAUAUAUUCUGAAAGUGGAACGAAGUAGCCAGCUAGCAGGAGGUAGAGUGAGAGAGGGAGCAGCUGCCCAGGAGACCGGCCUCUGACUUCUCGGCACAUUGGAGCCGUAACACGUCUCAUUACAAACUCAAGCAACCCUCCAAUAACGGAGAACAGCUUCUGGAACCGGAUCUGGCCUCUCUCUGGCAAAGGAAAUGACCAUAGAUAGAUGAGCAGUAGGCACUCGCCAAAUUACUAUCGGAAGUUUUCAAUCCACAGGAAGGGUGUGGGUUUGAACUCGGUUACUUUGCGUGUUGGAACAGAAGAAAGUGAACCGCACAGCCUGGACUCAGUGAGAUUCCCCCCCCGGAACUCAGGCAAGAAUGGCGACUCCAAUUGAAGAGAUUAUAAAAUCAGUUGACUCCAACAUAGUUGUGGGAAUCGAGAUCACAAACAGCAGCAAACACUUUGAUCUAACUGCAGCAGCGACAUAUGCUGAAUGUGGCGUUGUACAAAGCCCACCACCACCAACUAUAGCGAAGGAGAAGAAAGGAACGUGUGUGUUCAUCAAGACCCCAUUCUCACUCUAUGGCGUUGCUGGAGUCCUGAGCUACUCCUUUGGUGACCAUCAGUUCUCGCUUCUCUUUUCCAACCCUCUUGACUGCAUCAAGUACGACAGUGAAUUUGCCCUGCACAUUCCUGACACAAAAACAAUGACCGAUCGAAAUUUGUACAAUAAAAUGUAUACACAACUGCAUGAAUCCAGUUGCUUCACCAAAACUGCAAUUGGAAGAGGGAAUACAGCACUGCAACUCCACAAAGAUGGAAUGGAGAUUUCAGGCACAAUGUCAAAUGUGCAUCACAAAGCUAUAAUUAAAUUGGAGGUUCGAGAUCACUUCUCUUCUCCAUACAAGCCUAAUAAUUAAAAUUCUCUUUGGUGGGGAAGUAUGUCAAAAUUCAUCACUUAUUUAGUGGAAUUUCUUAAUUGUCUUAUUUUCUAGUACAAUGAAAUCCAUACCAUAAUUGAUCAGUAAUCACAGGACUGUAAUGCCUUUUUGUAUAGAAUAACAGAGUAGGAAUUUGCUUCAUGUCCUAUUUUUGUAAGGAGUUUGUCUACAUUCAUAAUAAGACUAUUAUUUUGUUUCUAACACUGAAUUACUUAUCUCCUGAUGUAAUGCACAUCAGUCUGACUUGGAAACUGUAUUGUUCCUUCACUGUCACUUUAUUAAAAUCCUACAGCACCUUUCCCAACAGCACUGUGUGUGUCCCUCCAGCCCAAAGACUGCAGUGCUUUAAAAAGGCAGUUCACCACAACCACCUCCUCCUUUUAGGGCAAUUAGGGAUCGGCCACAUUUGGAGUACUGUGUGCAGUUCUGGUCGCCACAUCACCAAAAGGAUGUGGAUGCUUUG